AUGGAGGAAAGGCGAAGGAUCGCUAUGGAAAAGGCCAAAUCUAUGGUAAAGCUCAAUCCAAAGCAGGUUUAUAGUUGUGUUGUGAUUUUUUCGUGGAAUUUCUCAAUUUUCAGUCGGCAGAUAAUGAUGGCGAAAAAACAAAAGAGGAUAGGGAGCAGGGCGAUCAAGAAGGCUUCGAAACGACAGACAAACAAUCGGAAAACUUGUUGAUUCUUCCUAGUUCCUUCGGCAUGCGUCCAUUGUACUCUAGGUAUUUCAAAUUUCGUUAUACGCUUCAAAAUAGUACUCAAGAUCCCCCAAUGUUUUUUUUAGGGUCGAUAUCAAUUGCGAUAAGUGGCUGUUGACAAUUGACGAAAAUGCGAGAAAGAAAUUGGAUGAACCGCCGUCGUUGUCUGACGGACUUUCUUUGGAACUCGAAUCCGUAGUUUAUUGACCAAUCUUCAUGUCUUAUUAGUAUUUUAGGAACUUCGGUACCUUGGUUGCGAACUGAUCCAACAGGGUGCGAUCAUGUUGCGGUUGCCUCAGACCGCCGCUGCCACAGCUCAAAUUUUGUACCAGAGAUUUUAUUAUCAACGCAGUUUUGUUAGAUACUUCUUUGAGGUGGUUUCUUGUGGGAAAGUUGGUGUAUCAGUAUUGGAACUUGUCUGGGAUGAACUUUUUCACUUUUUUCCUCAUAUGGCUUUUAUUCACUUACUAAAACUCCAGAUAGCCAUACAUUCGACUUUCAUUUGUUAGUAUCUUCAAAGAAACGUAGGAAAGCGACUAUUUUCAGCUCAGUUGUAGGUCUUUUCACCUAGCAUUGAAAUACCACAGCAAGACUUUGAAAUACAAUUUUUUUUUGUCAAAUAAAAUGAAAAAUUUUUUCAGCACGCAGUGAUGGCUUGUUUGAUGUUGGCGUCGAAAAUCGAAGAAGUUCCGCGACGAGCGCGUGACGUCUACAACGUAUUUACGUGUCUCGAAAAAAUCCAUCGUUUACAACAACGUGGUGUUCCAAUAACUAAGUAAGAUUCUCAAUUCUUUUUCUAUUGAAACCAAGUUCUUGUUAUUAUCAUCAUCAUUUUUCAUAAACAGCGCUCCUUCAAAUAUAUAUAUAUAUAAAUAUAUUUAUUAUUUUUUUUGGGGAAAAAAAUUUAUUAAUUUAUUAUUCAAAAAAAGAAGAGGUCGAAGAGACGCAAGUUGGAAACAAACGUGUAAGUCUUGGUGAGUUUUUGUUCGAGAAAUAUUAUUGGGGACCUAGUUUCCAAGCUUUUUAAUACAUUUGUGGUAUAGAGACCAUUGAUCUGUUAUUAAAUUUUUUUAUAACAAAAAUUGAAUUUCAGUUCAAAAAAAGUUUUUCAGAAACUGAAUUCAUAUAGAUUCACCAAUAACAGGAAGAAAAAGAUUUUUUUGUGCUGCCAAGGCUGGAAGCAGUUGCUUUCGUGUGAUCUACAGUUUUUUUCUGAUUUUUUUCAUGAAUCAGAACCAAAAAAUUAUUUUUUUAAAAGAUUUAUCGAGUAAAAAAAUGCAUUUUAUUAAAAAAAUAUAUGACUUUGCCAUCGCAAGUGUCGAAAAUCUUUUAAUUUAUUCGCGUGAGUUUCGAUUUUUCUCUUGAUUUUUUUGAUUUUGUUUUUGAACUACUAAAAUGAAUGGAUUUUCGAUGAAUUUUCUUAAUUUUUCAAUUCGGUGGUUUGAGGUUGGAAAGUUUUUUUAUUGAAAUGAGCUAAUUUUUAAACAUUUAACCGUGAAUAAUUUGCAAUUAUCGCAGGAGACUGUGAGAGCCCCCAACUCACACGGCCGAUGGUUCGAUUCUGCAAUUGGCUCCGUGUUUUUGUCAGAGAAGUUUUUUGGGCAAACUGACUGACAACGACGAUUUUCCUUGCAUUUCUCUUUUUCAUUGUCAGUGAUCCUCGGUUUCUGUAGAAGAAUGGGAACUUGUGCGCGAACCGAGAAAAGAAAAGAAUUUCAUCAUUUUUUUCGAGAAAUUUUUCAUCCUCAUUACGGGCUUUUGGAUAGUUUCAGUGAUAUCGCAUAUGAAAAAAAUUUAUUAAAAAGUUUAAUCGUUACGAAUUUUACAGGUUUUUAAGUUCUAGCUCUUUUUUUGUAGUUGUAGAAUUGUUCUUCCAUUUUUUUCUAUGUUUUGAAAGUUUUUUUACUAUGGAUAGAAAAAAAUAAUAAUAAACUUUUCCGAGAUAUUUAGAUACGCGGAUAAUUCUUUUUGGCUUUCAUUUCUCCGGAUAUUUCUUCCGAAUGUUGAUUAUAGAACACAAAAAUUCAUUUGUUUUUAUUCUGGAUCGCAGGACCGGAACAAUUUUUUGGGCGCAAAAUACUAUAAUUAAAAAAAUUUUUAAGUUUGGUUCAAGAUUUACAAGUUUGACAGUUUUGAGGAUUAUAAAUUCUCAGUUUGACAGAAUUAACUAAAGUAUAAUUUCAGUAAUACGAAGAUUUUUUUCCUUCAGAUCCUACUCAAUGAAAGAUGAAUUGAAUAUAAAUAUUUCAAGAAAAAGUUAGAUCGGCAAACAGUAGAGCUUUUGACCAUAUUUUAAAAAAAUUAUUGGGCAAAAAAAUCGCGAAAAAUUUCAUGGGAUUAAAAAAAGAAUUUGAAACGGAAGUUUUUUUCUCUUAAAAACAGCGUUUCGUAAAACUUAAAACGAAAUCAUUAAAAAUAAAAAAAGAUUUUCUCAAUGGAUUCAAUUCUUAUACUCGGUUCACGUGCGCUUUUUUUAUUCAUUUGGAGGAGCGCUGUUAAGUUGACCAAUCGACUUAUUCGAAUAUAAAACUUCCAUCAAAAAAACUAGUAUCUAGGUGUCUAAUUCGCCUUGUUCAUUUUAGGGAGACGACAGCCAGCUUCAAGCCGUGCAUGAUCGACGCGAGCUACGCGAGGGCCAAGAAUAAUGUAAACCAAAAAAAAAAAGAAAAAAGCUUGACAACUCAAAUUUUCCAGAUUAUUUUGAUGGAACGGCGGAUAUUGUCUACGCUCGGAUUCGUUGUACAUGUGAAACAUCCUCAUCGGCUGAUCGUCGCCUAUUGUCAUGCGCUCGGACUGACCGCCAAUAGGACCGAUAUCCUUCAAAAGGCUUGGUGAGGCUUUUUGAUAUACGAAAAAAAAGAGAGAACUUCAUAGUUUAUUAUGUUGGUCUCUCUUUGAAGUAGAUGGCAAUCCUUUAAAAAUGGCUUGUUUUAUCGGCCAAUAAUUUUAUUUUAAAAGAUUUUGGGUGGAGGCUGAGCUGAAAUUUGGAUGUAAGGCUUCUUGAAUUUGAAAAAUACCGAAAAAUUGAGGUAGAAAAACAAGUUUUUAUUUGACGUAUUCGAAAUCGAAACAAAUUAACGAAAUAUAAAAUAAAACAGCACAAAAAUAUUUGGAAAUCUUUAUAAUUUUUCUCAAGCCUCAUGUCUUUUGCAUUGAGAAAAGUUUUUAAAAUUUUUGAUAAAGAUAAAGAAAAAAAAAGAAUAUGAUUUUGUCAAACUAACGUAACGGAACAACACAAUAACUAAACAAUAUAUUCCUAUACAUGUUGAGAGUCCAAAGUUUUUGGUGUAAUUUUUCUCGCUUUGGUUUUUUCGAGCUUCUAAUUGAAAAAUUAUUCUUGUGCUGACGAGGUUAUGUAAAAAAAAAUGUGAAAAAAGUGGUAUGAAAAUAAGAAAAAAAAGCGAAUUCUCCGAUUUUCCCAUAUCGCUAUGAGACUUUCCGAGUAAUCCUUUUCCGACUUUUUUUUCUCAAUUAAUUCGUUGUUUCGAAUCUUCCUAUAUAAAAUAAGUAUUUGAUUCAUGAUUAAAACACAAGGAAAAACGGAAACAAUGUUAAUGGAUCUUUUACUAACCAAACCUUAGAAAGCAAUUUCCGUUCGAAAAUCCGCUGGUCUUUUUUGUCAUACCACCAUGAAAUCAGUUCUUUUAUAAUAAUUGUUCUUUUUAGGAAUUACAUGAACGACGGUCUGCGGACGGACAUGUUUCUGCGAUAUACAGCGGAAACAAUCGCCUGCGCCUGUAUAUUCCUUGCCGCAAGGACCGUGGAAGAUCCCGUUGCUCUGCCGUCGACGCCUUUCAAUUGGUAACAGAAAAAAAAAAUUGCUUGAAAAAGUAAAGUAAAGCUAUUCGUUCCAGGUUUGAAGCCUUUGACACGUCCGACCGCGACGUUCAGGCGAUCGCUCUUCAGCUAUUGAAGCUCUACACCCGUAAAAAAGUACCUAACUGGCCGAGAAUCACCGCGGAACUCGACAAACUCCGGGAUGGUAUCGAGGCGGAGAAGAAGGCGCUGAAAGCGAAGGAAGUUGCGGAAAAGUUGGCUGCGGCUGGAGAGAGGAUCUCGAAUGAGAACCAGGCAAUCAACGACCUUCGCAACGAGAAAAGAAAUGGUAGGUUUUUUUUUUGAAAUUGUUUAAGCAACUUUAUGAUAAGAAUAGCUUUGAAGAGGUUGACACACUAACCAGCAAACGUUUUUUACCUCCUCGUUGAUCUUUUCAUGAAAUUUUGCUGAACUUUACUUCAAGACUUUCUGAUUCCAGAACAAGUGAAAAAUUUCUCGCAAUAGACCUUUUUGAGGCGCUUCACAAGCUUUAAAUUGCGCUCUUUUGCCAAAAUAUACGUACAGUGCCGAGCAAAAAAGAUACGAAACUUUACUUUUUCCAUCAUAAUUUUUUUAUAGGAAAUUCAAUUAUUUUUGAAAGUUUGUGAGGUUGUUAAUAAAUAGUGUUUCUGAUUGCUAAAUACGAUUCCAGCUCAUUUUGAAAUUCUGUAUAAUGUUAUGGUCGAAAGAGCGCGUUAUUACAAAAUGAGAAGAGUGACUAUAUAUUUUUUCACGGUACAGUUUAUUAAAAAAAUUCUGAAGCUUCAUGAAUCGAAAAAAUGACCUAUUGCGAGAAAAAUACACUUCAGCAGAAUUUCAUCAAAAAGUUCGAGUGGGGAUUAAAAAUACGUUCCUUCGUAAAGAAUUGGAAAAAUUUUAAAAAAAGGUUUUAAAUAUUGAAGAUUUUUUUCUUUUUUUUCAAUUUGCUGAAGCCAGCUGUCAAUGGUCUACACAGUCAGAAAAAAACUUUUUAGUAUCUUGUCACUUUCUUUGAAAAUUGCUCCGCCUGUAAACUUUGAAAAAACGCUUAUAAGCUCCGACUGCAGGCUCUUCUGAACGCGAUCAUCGGAAGAAACGAUCCAGGAGUCGCGACCGUGAGCGCAAAGCUGCGCGAAAUAACGACAAGUUUGUCGCCGUUGCGUCAAAAAAGUAAUGGACAUGGCUCCGUUGCAGGCACACGAGGCGAAGCGCUGAACGAGAGCGAAACCGCGAUCGCGACCGAGAACGUACACGCAAGGACGACAAGCGCGAAAAGGAUCGUCGGAAAAGAAGUCGCACCCGCGAACGUGAUCAGCGAAUGAAGGUGCUUUUUCAAAAAGAGUUUUCUUAAAAUUACAGAAUGCUCCCCCCCACAAAAACAAGUUUCGAUUGGUGCGGGUGAAAUUAAAGUUUUUUUCGGUGGGGGAGGGGGGCUAAAUUUUUAUUCUAGAAUCCUAGGAAAUCUUGAAGAUGCGCUCUACAUAUCUUUGGCAUUGUAAGCUUCUCCGGAAAGGCCCCCACAUUCCAGAAUGCCCCCCGCAACAUAUUAGGCCAACAUAUCGCAUGGGGGGGCAUCCUGGAACGGUCCUUAGCCAAUAUGUUGAAAAAAACCGGGGAGGGUUUUCGAUUAGUCGUAUAAUAAUUUUUUUUUAAGAUGAUAUUUUUGUUUUCAGAAAGAAAGCAAAGCACGAGAACGUGAAGUGAUCCAAUCGUUGGGAAAACGGUACCGGAGAGAUUCAAACUCGCCGGUUCCAUUAAAAUCUAGACGUUGAUUUUUCACAAUGUGCUGUCCUUUUCCCUCAUCAUUUCUCUUCUUUUCUCUUGAUACCUCUGAAAGUUUGUUUUCAUCUCAUUUUAUGACCCUCAAAACGUUUUGUUUGUGUUGCUUUUAAAGAUUUUGGGUAGUUUUACUACAUAUUUCAUCCCAGACCGAUGUGAUUCUUAUCGUGUAGGUGGACCUUUGUUAAAAUGAUUUUUCUUUUCUGCUUCUUCGGGUUUCUUUUCCACCCUAAUAUUUCAGCCUUUUUCCUUUCUGUACAUCUGAUUUCAAUGAUUCGCUAGAUCAACUGUUUUUACCCCAGCAAAUCUCCUUGAAAAUCUCUUUUUUCAUUCAUUAUUUUUUUUUUGUUUUUUUUUGGCUUUCAUCAUUUUUUUUAGCAGUUUUGUUGACUAUUUGAAAGACAUGAAUCAAUAUUCUUCUACUAGUUUUUGUUCAAAGAUUCCGUUCAAGUCAGUGCUCAGUCAACUACUUUGUUGAAACGGAAAAAUAUAUGCUUAAUAAUUUCGUGGCAAAAAUUUUUACGCUUAUCAUAUAGUUUCUAAAAAAAUAACGGAUAUGGGCGUGGCGUGACCCAAUUUAGUCAUUUCAUAUGUUGAUGAUCUACCGCUUCUUUCUUUAUAUAGCUAUUCCUAUGAUUUGUUCAACGCGUAAUUUCCCUUAGAAAAAAAGUUUUUUUUGAUUUUUUUCGAUUAUAAAGGGAGCAAAAGUCCAUCGGUGGAUCGAUUUAGUGGACCGGGAAGCUCCGGACAAAAUAAUCGCGGCUCCAGACUUUAACCGACAGAGUUUAGCUUUCAAAAAGGGUGAAUUUUGAAUCAAAAAAUUUUUAAGAUGAAAAAAAGCUUUAAAAGGAAACUGGAAGGAAAUUAUUUCGUUUUAGUCUAUUCUGAUUUUGAUUAUCAAGUCAUCUCUCAAACUCCGUAGAUCAACAAAUCAGAGACCGAGCCAUCCACAGAGCCGAGUUUGCUGCUUGAAAUUUAAAAUCUGAACGGAUAAAUGGGUAAAAUUUCAAUUUAAAGAGAAAAAUUAAGUUCUUAAGUUCCUAUCAGAGCAAUUUUACAGGACAAAUCGUUCGAUGCUUGUAAAUCCGCCCGUAAACCGUGUGAAAACGGCGGCGAAUGUGUGGCCAAAGAUGGAAAGUUGGUUUUUUCCAGCUAUCCAACAUUUUAUAUAGUGCGUUCCGCACGAAACGGUCACGUUUUUAAAGAACAAAAGAAAAAAAUCUGCCAUAAAAGAAGCAAAAAACAUAGGUCUUGAAGCGAAAUUGCUCAAAUUUGAUCUAAUUUGGCAUACGGUCUUUUUGGCUUAGCCGUGGAAUCGGCAAAACUCAUUUCGCUGAAAGAGGAAGAGAUUUCAGUUUCUAUUGCAUCUGUCCAACGACACAUUUCGGAAAGACUUGUGAGCACAUUGCCGACCAAAGUCAUUGUGCCGACCAUCUUUGCGCCAACAACGCCACUUGUGUCAGGUAAAACACGGCCGCAAGUAGAAUGGCUCAACGCGUCGCGCUCGAGUAUUGUCAGUUGUUCCCGAGAUGAAAGGCGGGACGCGUUCGCGGUUCUUGGCAGGGUCGCGAUAUUUUGACUAAAUUUAGUAAUUUUAGAUGAGACGAAUCUAUUUCUCAUUUAAAAAACGCGAUUUUUCUGUUUCAUUAUUUUUAAAACACAUGCCGUUUUGAAAGUGAUUCCGCGAAAUUAAAAAUAGCCACCAGAGAGUGAAAAAUAUAAUUGAAUCCCAGAAAUGCAGAUAUGAUUUCGAAUUCCGCGAAAAUUACUUUGAACGUGGCGUGUGCGAGAGCGCCGCAGUGCACAGUGCACAGGACACACUACACUUUACGCAAAAAAUGUGGGCGGGGCGUCGCCAAAAAACGCCGUUAUCAAGCAGUGUUUUUUUUUUAAUAUCUUCACGACAGCCUGUCAAAAUUUUUCUUCCGAGUUACUCAAUCUUUUCUCAAUGCGCGUCUCUGUGAAUGCGCCUUUAAUAAAAACAAAGAUUCCUUUCAAAAAAGGACUAGCAAGAUCCUGAACUAUGGAAAACAUGGCAACCGGAAACAUAUAGCAAAUGAUCUUUUCUAAAGUGAUGAUAUUUUUCAGCACCCGAGAUAAUAAAAAAGUUGUGAAUUCGCCCGUUUUGGCGAAUUUCCGUGCGGCUCGCGGCAAUUCGUCGUUGAACAGUUCCGAAAUCGCUCAAAUAUACGUUUCGGUCGCCUACGAGUUGGUUUUGACGUUUUUAAAGCUCUCAUAUUUGAAUAAUGUUCAAAAUUUCUCUUGAUGCAAUUUUACUUCCUACUGGUUUUUUCACUAUUAAGGUAAAAAAAUUUUUAAAAAUAUUUCAAUUUCGGAUUUAUUCAAUAUUUAAACAAUCUGCGACGCCCCAAAUUCUAAGUUCUCCACUCUCCGUGAAAUAAAUGUUUUAUGAAGAAGAUAAUAAAGAGCCGAGAAUAUUACGGUGUCGUUGAGUCCGGUCGUUAGAGCAGUGAAAAAAAGAGUUUAAAUCUAAAAACGACUUUUUCCGAAAAAUUGAACUAUAAAUUUAUAAUUUGAUCGAUUUGAUCUUUGAGAGUUUGUUAGAAUGUUUUUUUUUAGGAUAAUGUAAAUUUUCAGUCUAUAUAAUAUGUUUAAGUCUGUAAAAGUCUAGUUUGAAAAUUUAUAGUAAAAUUCUCGAUUUUUUGAGAUCGUUCCGAAAAUUUCUCGACUCGUCUCAAUUUAUUGGAAAAUUUUUUUCCUCUUGUUCCCAAAAAAGCGCAACUCAAACAACCCUGAUUGGAACGGCCCUUUAAAAAAAAUAAAAGGUUUUGUGAAACAAAAAGAUGGCAAAACAUAUUUCGGAAAAAAGUGACUAAAAUAUAAACGUAAAGCUUGAUCUUUAAAAGUUAUAAUGUAAAGUUUUUCGCCCUGUUCAAGAACUUUUGUUCUUUCUAAUUUUUUUUUAAUAUGAUUUUUGGGCUUUACCUUUAACAGCGAACCUUUGUUAAUAUCUCUCGAGUUUUCUAAAGUCUCGUUUUUAAUUUUGCAGUUGUAUAUGUCGGCCUGGUUUCUUCGGCGCCUUGUGUGACGUUCCUGAAGAGGUGAAAAGGUGCAAAAAAAAAAUUCAAAUUAUUGGGAAAUUAGUGAAUUUCAGUUGCGAGGAGGAUUACUGUAUGAAUCGAGGUCAGGGUAUUGUAAGCAACGGAACGUGCAAAUGUCAAUGCGAAAAACAAUAUUUUGGGAAGAGGGUGAAUUUCAAAAGAGUUGCCAAUGAAAACUGAGAAUGCUAGAAAUUUUCUGAAUCAACUUUCCCGAAAUGUAGAGUAUAAAAUUGAAACAACUUGAAUUAACUUCUUUGAGUGUUGCUCAGGCUUUUGCGCGAGGUAAAAUUAAGAUAGUCCCUAUAAGGGCUUAGGGUGCUGUUUUAUUUUUUGGUUUACCCCAUAGUCGCGAAAUCCGCUGAAAAUUCUUGAAAAUUGAAAAGACGUAUUCGAUAAAAGUUGAUCGAUUAAUCCUUUGUUGAUAUUUAUCGCAUGGAAAUACUUUUUCUCACAGAGCUCAUAACAGUAAACGACUAGCAUGCUUCCCUAUAGAGGCCACUAACUGAAACCCUUAUAAAGGCCACUUUUGAAAAGUUUAAAUUCGAGUUUUUUUUAAGUAUUAUUUUUACAGUGUGAACAGAUAUCCGCCUGCUUCGAGUUCAAGUGCGAGAACGGUGGAAUUUGCGAGGAUGUGAUAGAUAUGCAUGUGAAUAUGAUUUUUAAAUAAUUAGUUUAACAUAAAUUGCAAUGGACAGGCAAAAACGAUAACAGCCUUUUGCAAAUGUCCAAGAAAGGUCGAAGUUAUUGGGUCAACCACUUCGGGUUCGUGUUUUUUUUUGUUUGAUCGUUGCGACAACAGUAAGAAUGAAACAGCUUUUUAAAAAUAUGCCUUAGGGCAGCCGACCCAGAGCGGCUUACGCCAUGAUGACCUUUCUCCCCAAAGAUGUUUUCUUCUUUUGUUCUCAAUUGUUCAAUAAAGAAGUCAAUUCAUGAUUCAGCUUUUUCAAUGUUUUUAAAAGCUUUCAUUCACCAAUUUAUCAGGCGAUCGAUGUGAAAAGCAUGAAAUACCGCAAAAUGUGCCCCAAAAGCACCUUCCCUGCAUGAUCAAUUCAACUUCGUUCAAAUUCAUCAAUUUUCUGCUUGAUUCGUAUGUUUUUUUCUUGAAUUGUAAAAUCAUUAAAUUUUAAAAAAGGUCUUUCGUUUUCAAGAAUAACAUAAUUUAAACAGAAGUAUAAUAUAAUCAUGAAAAUCUCAAGCUCAGCAUCGACUCGAAAAACUCUUCCUAUGCCAGCGACAUUAAAGAGUUGCAGAAUUUCCGCGAUUCCUAUGAAAGUUCGGUAUUUUCUAAAUUCUCGACAAAAUGCCAAGUUUUCUGACUUCAGACCGACCUACAACAAACCUUCGGUAUGACGACUGGUUGGUGUGAACACAUGGCUCUUUGCGUUCCGACUCUUGUUAGAAGUGAUUCUUUUACAAUCUGUUUAGUUUUUAUUCCGCUGUUUCGAGAGGAAAAAUAAUUGAUAGAUAGCUUUUUUAUACAGAAUUGAGUUUUUGAAACGCUAAAUGAAGAAUAUAAUUUAUUUCGGAUGAAGGAAAACAUACAUGGAAAACCCAGGUUCUACUGGGAAAAAAAAGGAUUUUUUUUCCUAGUUAUCUAUAGGUAAUUCCGCGCCAGCUUGUGUCAAGGGAAACAUGGUUUUUUUUUCCAGUGUCAUCUUCUCGAUACUACCUGCUACAUCGUUGCGAAUGCAGUGACCCAUUACAAGAAGGCAAUUUCUGUGAGGUGCUGUUUUUCGUGGCCGUAUAACAAUCAUUAAGAAGCAUUCAUUUUGAAAGCAAUUUUUUGUGAAAACUCGAAUUUCAACUCAAUAUUUCUUAAAAAAACUUGAAAAUUCUUUCUAAUUCGGUGAACGAAAAAUGAUAAUUUUAUUCUCAGUACACUCGAAAAGACGCUUGCGAGGUAACUCGGGAAGAAAAAAAGCGAGGCAUAACUGUGGAAAGCCGUUGUACGGACUUGAAGCACGGCCAUUGUGUUGAUCAUUUGGGCCACGCCAAAUGCAUGUGAGAUUUAUUAUUCUAAUGUUUACAAGUGAUUUAUUCGCGAACUAGUACGUUUUAUUUGUUUGCAAUGGUUUCCAAAAGUACAGAGAAAUUAAAUUUGAGGAGCCGAGAAAGAAUAUGGGUUCUAUAGUCAGUGUUUCCCGACUUGAAAGGCGAGGGAGGCGGGGCAGGGGGCGUGACGCGUAGCGAGUGCGUUCGCGGUUCUUGGCACGUGUUCAAUUCAACCGCCAUCGACUCUUUGAAAAACCCGUUUUUCGCUUUUUUCAUUCCUUUUUCAAUUAUUUAUUGAUUAUUUUUAUGUGUGCAUCAAAAAAAAGUAGAAAACAUUGGAAAAGAGCGGUUGCCGAGUUUUUUAAAUAGCCGGCGACAAUUGAAUUGAACUCGUGCCAAGAACCGCGUACGCACACGCUACGCGUCCCGCCCCUUGCCCCGCCUCCUUCGCCUUUCAAGUCGGGAAACAUUGACUAUACUACUUGAUUCGCACAAAAAUCGAAAAAAUUUUAAAUUUUCGAACCCAUUGAAAGAUUGAAAAAAAUUAUUUUCGUGCCUGAAAAUCGUUUCAGAACCCCAUUUUUCCAUGCCUCCUGCAGUUCCAAUUUUGUUCCGAUCUGCGAAAUAAUUUUGAAAAACAAAAUAGUUCAGUUGCCGAGCAGACUACGUCGGUGAGGCUUGCGAGAACUUUGACCCUUGCGCUAGGAAACCUUGCAAACAUGGUGAUUGCGUUCCAGUAAGUCCAGCCUGACCCUUGACGCAUCCCUCUUUGAGAUAACCGACGAGGUCGAAGAAACUGACGGCAAACCGCAGCAGUCCUACCAGUGCCUGUGUCCGAUCAACGCGGCGUUGAAAGAUGGUUGGCGAUGGCGUCAUCCGUUUUAAGAUUGUGACGUCAUUGUUAGGGACAAACUGCGUGCAGACGUUGGAAGGCGACUGCACUCCAACGGCCUGUAAGAACGGCAGAUGCGUGACGUGCAAUCAGAAGACGUCCGACGACGUCUUCAACAUCUGCAAUGAGCGGGAAUUGGCUCAAGGAUACAGGUAAUCUUUGAUGAAUUAGAUUAAUGAUUUUUUUCAACCUUUAGUUUUUCCAGAUGCAUCUGCGAGGCAGGGUUUGCGCCGCCAACGUGCCGCCACUCCACAAAUGCAUGCUACCACAACCUUUGCGCCCACGCAUCGCGCUGCGUUCCUGACGGUCAACACAGUUACAAGUGGGUCGUACUAUAUUCACUUCACAGCGUUUUUGUUAAUUGAAAAAAAAAAACCAAUGCUGUGGGCAGAGUCGAAACCUAAGCUCUUCCCACGUGGCUUCAUGGGAACAGAAGAGGUACCAGCUCGAAGAGCGUAAAUAUCAGGGUAUAUUAAAGGCGCAGGCGGCCGUAUUGCUGAUAGUAUUUGAGACGAUUCGAAAUCUCACGUGAGAUUUCGAAUCGUCUCACUAAAUAAACUCAAAUUUUUCUGCGCGUGAGCGUCGCCGUGCAUGCACACGGCACAACAAACUUUACGGAGAAGAACUGGGCGGAGCGUCGUCGAAAAAACGCCUCGACUUACCGAGCUAUUAUUCGAAAGAUAAUUUUUUUUCCUCUUCUCGACGGAUGCCCACCAGACGUAGUUGAUUUUUUAAGAUGUUAUCAAAUUUUGAAACGGAGCUGUAAACGGCCUGAAAAUUGGCAAAAAUAUAGCCUAAACUCGGGAUGACUAGUUUUUUUAACUUGACAUCAAAUUUAUUGAGAAAAAGAAAUGUCCUAAUUUGGGCCGCCAAUAAUUAGUUUUUCGAAACACGAAAAACUAACCACAAUUGAGAAUUCUCUGCAUUUUAGACAAUCAAACAGUUUAGAACUAAAAAAAACUUCAAAAUUUAAAAAAAAAUGGCCACUUUAGUAAAAGCGACCGAGCUUUCCAGCAUUGCAUUAUUUCAGUUGCAUAUGUCUAAACGGCACGAGUGGAUCUCUAUGUGAGCGGGUCGACAACGCCUGCGAAGCGUUCGGUAAAGCCGCGAUGCGUCAUUCUACACACGUGUUUGCGGUUCUUGUUUCAGGAGAACUCGUGUGUGAACAUGGCGAAUGCGUCAACGACGAGUUUUACCGUCGCGGCUUUUCUUGCCAGUGUCGAUUCGGCUACUACGGCAUGAACUGCGAACUUUCUUUGGGCUAUUUCGGCGCUUUCAAACGAGAGUUCAAGGUUCGACUCAUACCAUUUUUCAGAGAAAAAAAAGUUUUAGAUUCGUUACAAUCUCGUGAUUCCAAUGACGGUUUGCUUUUUUUGUGUCCUAUGCCUACUCGUAGUACUGCUGUUGCCUUGUUCUAGAAGAAUGUGGGUUUCAAAAAAAACCGAUAUAUAUAUAUAGAGAGAUAAUUUGAAAGAACUCCAAUUUUCAGAAAAACGAGAAGUUCAUCCAAAGCCUACACCUUGAAAAAAAUCACGAAAAAAAAUUUUAGAAAAAAACAAGGAAAAUAUUUUUUUCAAUAACCAAAAUGACUCCAAUUUUAUUCUCUUUUUUUCAUUCUAUCAAUCAUUCAAAGGAGAAAAAUGGAUUAAAUAAAGAAUUGAGCAAAUCACAUGGAUUUUGGUUGAUUUCACACCGAAAAUGCAUACCUAUCUUUAGUUGAACUAGAUUAGAAAUUAGAAAAAAAAAACUCUCGUGCUUUUUUCAAUGAUAAAUAUUCAUGAAAUUGGUUAUUAUAGUAGUGUGACACCUAAAGAAAGCAUGAACACGUGA